AUGUAAAAAUUAUCUCUGGAGCAACAUUUGAAUGGACUUGAAAGGGAAGCUUAUUCAUAUAAAUGCAAGAUCAAAGAGCUUGAUAAGGUGGUUAAUCAAUAGAGUGGGAUUAUAGAAUUAUAAUAAUAAAGAAUUAAUGAGUUGGAGGAAAUCAAUAUUGAUUUGAAUAAUAAACUGUUUAAGGUCGGCGAAGAGAAAAAUGAAAUUCAGGAAAGCAAAAGUAUCUUGGAAACAUAAAUACGAAAUUUAUAGGAGUAAAUUUUGCACACAAUAUAAUGCACUGAUGGCCAAUAGUAGUCGUAAUUAGAAUACGAUUUGAAAAAGGAAAGGAAUCUGACAACUCAAUUAGAGAAGGAGAUUUAAAUAUAAAGAAGCUAAUUGGAGCAUUUAGAAUUGGAGCGCUAAAAAUUGGAUUAGGAAUUGAAGACAAAGAGUUUAAAUUAAGUAAUAUACAUUAACAACGAUGCUCUGACUAAUGUCUUACAGAAUUACAACUAGUAUUUUGAGAACUUCAAUAAUGAAAAGCAAUAAUUACUAAAUUAGAUUCAAUAUUCUAAGGUUUUGGAAGAAAAGACAAAAAUUGAGAAUCAAAAGCGAAUUGAUAGAUUAUAGAUGAUAAUAAAAAAUGCAGAGGAGAAAAAAAGGGCUCUGGAAGAGGAAAUACAAAACUUGAAGAAUGACAAUGAGAAUUACAAGAAGAACUUGGAGAAUCAAAAUAAAUUGGUGUAGGAAUAGGAGAAAGUAAGAUUAGAAUUUGAGAAGGAAGCCUUAACAAAAUAAUAGUAGAAUGAAAUUUAACUAUUGGAUUAGCAAGAUCAGAUUGCAAAGUUGUAGUAGAAAAUAAAUUCUUCCAAUUCUAUGGUUUUUGAUAUGGUUAAUCUGAUAAUUCCAUCAGACAUGGAAGAAUUGAUAGAAACUAAAUAGUAAUUGUUGAAGUGCGAGGAAGAGUUGAAGGAAUUGAAGGAGUAGAACAAAAAGGAGAGGUAAGAUAAGAAGAAGCUGUAAGAUUUGGUUGAGAAGGAAUUGCCGUUUGUCAAGCAAAGGAAACAGGAGUUCGAAUAGUUGAUGGCUAUUUCUUAGCAAUAGAAGAAAAAACUAGAGGUGGAGAUUAGUUUGAAUAGAAAAUUAAAAGAAACCUAAAAUUAAUUAGAAAUAGAACUAUAAUAACUGAAAUAGAAGGAGGAAAUCCAAAAUAUUGAACUUAUUUAGUUAAAAUCGGAAAUUCUUGCUUGCAGAACUUAGAUUUAGGAGUUAUCUGUUAUUGAUCUUCUAAAGAAUCAACCCUAGGUUUCGAAUACUGAUGGUUAGGUAUUCAUAAAGUAGUUAUGCCAUGAGAAUGAAUAGUUGAAAACUUAAAUUUAAUAAAUCUUAAUUAAUUAGCAAUCUUAUAAUCGCCCAACCAAUUAAUGGGAAGCAAUCUAAUAGGAGAAUUUAAAUCUCAAGUAUGUUUUAAACACGAAGGAGGACGAGAUUACGAAUUUGAAAGAGAGGGUUAGCAUAAUGACUCAGGAGAAGGCUUUGGGAUAGAUUAUCAAUAAUAAGGUUGAGCCGAUUGUUCAUAAAAUUGAAAAAAUCAAGGUUAGAACUGAAAAGCAGUAGAGUUUAUUAAAUGAAUUCAGGAAAUAGAGGAUGGAGAAGCGUAAGUUGGAGUUUAGAAUAGAGGAACUGGAAUUUGAAAUAUCUAAAUUGUAAAGUCAAUAUUAGUUGGAGAGGUAGCAAAAGGAUUUCUUGGAGAGGAGAUUGACUUAGUAGAAGGAUGAAUUUGGAAGGAAGAAAGAAGAAUUUAGAAAGAGGUAUGAGGAGUUUGAAAUUAAAAUAAAGGAAUUGCAAUAAGAAAUGAGUUUAGCUUCUGUAACUCAGGAACAUAUUAAUUAUUAUUAAUAAAACCAAAUUUUGUUUUAGCAAAACAAGAAGAAUAAACAAUUAAUAAUUCAGUAGCAUGAGGAAAUUAAAAAUUAUGCAUUAGAAAUAUAGAGAUUGAGAGAGGAGUUGCAUUAAAAGGAUCGAUAAAUUAAGGAAUUGGAAGGAGGAGAUUAGAGAGGCGAGGAGAAUUAGAAAAUAUUAUAGAUGAAGAUAUAAAGUGAAAAUGAUAAAAUCACAAUUCAAGGAUUGUAGGAGUAGAUACAUCAAUUAAUAAAGGAGAAGGAGGAUUUGUAUAAUCAAUUUUUGAUCCAGAAAUAAAGAUCUGAAUAAGUCUAAAAAAACUAAAAUAGUGAUCAAUCUUUAUCGGAGUUGAAGAAGAGCACUGAAUAUUUGUAAAAUAGGAUACAAUAAUUGAAGGAGGAGUCACAAAAGAGGAUUCAAUAAUUAGAGAUAGAAUUUUAAAAUAAGGUUGGAUAGAAGUAGGACGAGAUAUCGUAUUUGGAAUAGGAAAUAUUGGAACUUAAAAAGGUACUGGAGGAUUAUAAAAAUUAAUAUAAAUAAGAGAAGUUAAAAUAAGUUAACAAGUCUGAAUUGAGUUUAAAUGAGAUUCAAGACUUGAAGGAACAACUGUCUUAGACGACUAGGGAGAAAGAUCAGCUAUUGAGAAGGAAAUAAAUGAUUGAGAAAAAGGAUACGGAUUUGAAAGUAAAGGAGGAGUUAAUAAAUUCAAGGGAAUAAAAAAUUAAUGAAGAGUAGGUUCAAUUUGAAUAGACCAGACUAAAAUAGACUUAAGAGAUAUAGGAUUAAAUAUCAAUUCAGAAGAACAAGGAAUUGUCAAUAAUAGCAUGUGAUUAUAUUUUGAGUCGAGAACUGGAAAAGUAUAAGGAGAGACUUCUUCAGGAGUAGAGUAAAGUAAAUGAAUUAUUAUAACAAUAACAAAUACAACAAAGCAGUCAAGAGAAUGAAUUUAAUAAUGAGAGGUAAAGUUGGAAUGGCAAUGUAGAGUAAAAGUUUGAUGGUCAGGAAUAGGAGAUGAGAAAUGAAGAAAACAAGGUUAAUAAAGGGAUGUAGAUUGAGGAACAAUAAGUUUUGGAAGAAGAAAGACAAAUUGAUUAAUAAGAGGUUUAGGAGAAUGUGGGAGCAAAUGAGGCAAAAUAAGGGAUGGAUAUUAUAUAAGAUGGUAAAUUACUUGCUUAUUUAGAAAAAGUGAAAUUGAAUCAAGAGGAGUAGAAGGACAAGGCAGAAGAGAGUUGA